UAAUGCGAUAGUUCAUCGUGUUUUUAAAAAAUUGCCUUCGACGUGAAUGAUGUAAUAAAAUGUCUCCAGUACCACCAACGGCAGUUUCGGAACCCUUCCUUAAGGAAGGACCUUCCCGAGGACGACAUAACCUAAGUUAACGAUCCAGUUUCCAGUAUUUGGUAGCAUAGGCCGCUUGCAGCAUGCUUGGAUUUGUUUUGUACAGAAUAGCGGAACUUUAAAGAGUUAAUAACAGAUGUGUCACUUCUUAAUCGAGUGACACUUUAAAAUAGGCUUAAUUCAUUAUCGGAAACCUUUGAAAUCGUUCAAGCAAUUUAAAUAAAAUGUCAAGAAAUUUAUCAUAAUGAGCGAAAGCGACGAGGAGGUGCCGCAAUUAAGCGCGGCGACACUAGCUGUGCUCCAAGAAUUUUAUCAAGAGAGAGAGGAGCACGAAAAUAAAUUAAAGAACAUCGUCGAGCAGAACCAAAUUCUCGAGGCUACUUUCGAGGAAGAUUGGCAAUUAAGUCAAUUCUGGUACGAUAAAGACACUAUCGACACAUUUGUGAAGGGUGCAUUGAAUUAUACUCCUCCAAACGGAAGAAUAGCACUCGUGUCGUGCCCUUCUCUGUACAGCCAAAUGAAGAAACUAGCAGGAGAUAGACAAGGUACAUUUUUUUACUGUUUAUGUGAUGGUAUUCAAAUUUCGAUUUAUACGUGCUUUCUGUUAACAGUUAUUUUAUUCGAGUAUGACCAGCGUUUCGCUGUAUUCGGUUCGGAUUAUAUACCUUUCGAUUACAAGUCUCCUCUGGACAUUCCGAGGCACAUGUCUAGCCACUUUGACUUAGUAAUUGCAGAUCCUCCAUUUUUAUCCGAGGAGUGUUUAACAAAGUCCGCAGUAGCGAUUAAAUUUUUAUCUAUGGAGAAGAUUGUUCUCUGUACAGGUGCUAUUAUGGCAGACUUAGCCAAUCGAUUGCUGGAUUUGAAGAAAUGUGAUUUUACACCGAAGCAUAAGAACAAUCUCGGAAACGAAUUUUGGUGUUACUCGAAUUUCAAUUUCGAUGAAGUAUUAAAAUAAAUAAUUUCGA